AUGGCCCAAACGAUCCACCUCGCACACAUGCCACCCGAACUGGCACUCUACGUCUCGUUGUACACCGACGUCGAGAACGCCCCGUUUCUCAAGCAACAGCUCCUCGCGGGGAACGCAGAGUUUGAAUACGCAUUCAUCGAUGCUAGCAUGAUCCUCUCGACGACCCAUGUCCUCGCGGCGGCCUUCCGUGCCAUGAAUGACUACUUGAACGAUCGCCUCAAGUCUCACAACAUUCAUUCCGAAAUCGUCUUUUCCUUGAGUCCAAAUAACAAUAUCGGUGAAGCGUUUCGGAGGUUUGGUAUAUCGGAUUCUACACGAAAUUUGCUGGUCGUCAAGGUCUCGACCGACCCGCAAGUGACACAAGCCACGGUCGCUCAACACCUCUCGACACACGUAAAGGGCAGGGAAAUCCCAUUCGACGACGUCACCUUGCGAGGCUUGUCCGACGUCGAAAGGAUUCGAAAAGUGUACAAGAUCAGUCUCCCGCCGCCGCAUUCUUCUUCUGGUAAAAACCACAAAGGUGGCAGGGACGACGUGGUCACGAAUGGUGACAAGGUUACGAUCCUUGACUCGACCACCUUCUCCUCCAACCUUGUGAGACAGGUACUGGGACUCAUGGCCUUGAGGGGUGCAACUUGA